AUGUCAAUCUCCAGCUCCCAGGCCACGGACAAAAUCCCCCUCCACCACAGACCCGACGACACCGGCUACCGCCUCAUCGAGCUGCCUCCCGAACUGGAAAGUCUUCUCGAAUCGGAAAAUGCUCCCGUCCUCACUCUAGAACCCUCCGAGACAUCAGCCCUCCUCAAGACCCCCGAUAGGACAUACGCCCUCCGCCAGAAAAACACGUCCAACUCCGUCAUCCUCCUCUCCCCCACGCCAGACCAAGGCAUGGCCGCCAUUUCCACCAUCCACGAAACCGUCGAGCUGGAGCUGGUGCCCCAGGCUACCUCUACUUCGGGCGGCCCGCUCAAGAACACCGGCAGCAGGGGCAAAUGGCACGAAAUGUUCGGCAAGGGACGAUGA